GGCCGGGCGGCCGAGCCUCCCCCGGAGCCGCGCGCGGGGCGGGCCGGGCCUGAGGCUCGGCAUGGAGCCCGAGAUGCAAGCGGCGGAGGAGGGGCCCAGCGCGCCCCGCAUCUACAAGCAGCGCGGCCCCUACAGCGUCCUCAAGACGUUCCCCAGCCGGCGGCCGGCGCUGGCCAAGCGCUACGACAGACCCACGCUGCUGGAGCUGCCGCCCGCGCGGCCGUCCCCGCUGCCGCCGCCGCCGCCGCCGCCGCCCUUCGCGCCGCUCGCCGCCGUGCCCAUCAGCAGCAGCGAGCCGCCGCCGCCGCCGUUCCCGACGCAGCCUUCCUACCCGGCCGGCUCAGGCCGGGCCCCAGCCGCCGCCGCCGCCUCGUCGUCGUCGCCGUCGUGCACGCCUGCCGCGCCCCCGAGCCACCCGAGGACUCCGGCGCCGCCGCCGCCGCCGCUCACGGCCGCCGCCGCGUCGUCGUCGUCGUCUUUCGCCGCCGUCGUCAGGUACGGCCCGGGCCCGGCGAGCGGCGCGGGCAGCAGCAGCGCGGGUAGCGACGGCGCGGGCCUGGAGCUCAGUGCAGAGAGCCGAAUGAUCCUGGAUGCCUUUGCCCAGCAGUGCAGCCGUGUUCUUAGUCUCUUAAAUUGUGGAGGAAAACUUCUGGACUCCAACCAUUCUCAAUCCAUGAUUUCUUGCGUCAAGCAGGAAGGCUCUAGUUAUAAUGAAAGACAGGACCAGUGUCACAUUGCAAAAGGGGUCCAGAGCCAGACCUCUGACAACAUAGACAUAGAAAUGCAAUAUAUGCAAAGAAAACAACAAACUUCUGCCUUUUUGAGAGUGUUCACUGACUCUCUCCAAAAUUACCUGCUCUCGGGGAGCUUCCCGACACCGAACACCUCGUCAGUCAGUGAGUAUGGCCACCUGGCUGAUGUGGACCCUCUGUCAACCUCCCCGGUGCACACAUUAGGUGGCUGGACCUCCCCAGCAACAUCUGAGUCCCAUGGUCACCCAUCGUCAUCCACACUGCCAGAGGAGGAAGAGGAGGAGGAAGAGGAAGGCUACUGUCCUCGUUGCCAGGAGCUGGAGCAGGAGGUUAUCUCACUGCAACAAGAAAAUGAAGAGCUCAGAAGGAAAUUAGAGAGCAUCCCAGUGCCCUGCCAGACCGUCCUAGAUUAUCUAAAGACAGUGCUGCUGCACCACAACCAGCUCCUGCCACAGCCCACCGACCAGCCCACCGAGGGAAGCAAGCAGCUGUUGAACAACUAUCCUGUCUACAUAACAAGCAAACAGUGGGAUGAGGCUGUAAAUUCUUCCAAGAAAGAUGGGAGACGGCUCCUUCGAUACCUCAUCAGAUUUGUUUUCACAACCGAUGAGCUUAAGUACUCAUGCGGCCUUGGGAAAAGGAAAAGGUCAGUGCAGUCAGGAGAGACAGGUCCUGAAAGACGCCCUCUGGAUCCAGUUAAAGUCACGUGCCUCCGAGAAUUCAUUAGGAUGCACUGUACCUCGAACCCUGAUUGGUGGAUGCCCUCGGAGGAGCAGAUCAAUAAGGUGUUCAGUGAUGCUGUGGGUCACGCCCGUCAGGGCCGGGCAGUGGGGACCUUCCUGCACAACGGUGGCUCGUUCUACGAAGGCAUGGAUCACCAGGCUUCCCAAGACGAGGUCUUCAACAAGAGUUCACAGGAUGGAGCUGGGGACUAGUAGACAGGCUGUUCACACCCUGGCAGUGGUGUUUUUGUUUUCUGUUUUGUUUAAGAGCUCCAAUUGUGAAUGUCCAUUUCCUUGUCACCUUAGAGUCCGAAGCAUGUUAUUGUGUCAAUACUUUACACAUUCUCGAAUUUAAAACUCUUGACCCACUGCCACAGUCCCCAAAUAGAAAUCCACUUUAGGGUUUUUUGGGGGAAGUCUUUGGCACCUGCAGUAGACUUUGGGUGUAUGGUAUCACAGGGGAAAAGGUACAGUUGGCAUGAGGUCAUUACUAGCUAGACACUGAGGGUGUUUCCUGUCCCAGAUCUUCAGGUAAGCCUGGCCUCCUGAGCAGAGCUGGUCUCCAGGGAAGGUUCAGUUAGUGUCCCUGCACGUAGGAGAAGGGAAGACACACAGCUGUUUCCAGGGACAAAGCAACAAGCAUUUUCUUAUUCAAUUCAAGUAAGUUGUCUUUCGAUUUUCCAAAGGCUUGCAUUCAGAGUUCUCAGCAGUGACACAGUAUAGAUGACACUGUGAGCUUCUGUAUAUUAUAAGCUUAUUGAUGCAAAGCCAGGAACAGAGGCCAUGUGUAUAGAGUGGCUAAGUGGAAGCCAGCUACUUCUCUGUUAUCUUACAGUCAGAAUUCACUGUGUCAAUCAGAAAGGCAGACUCAUCUUUGUGGUUUACAAGCAGGAGAUUCUCGCUAUAUCUUUAGGAAACGUCCAAAGAUUCAAAGCCAUUUUCAAAUUCCUCACUUCAUAAAUUCUUAGAUGUGUAGCUUCCAUAGCCUUAACUCAUACUCUGCCAACACAUUGGUGGUGGCUUCAGUGAGGAUUCCCCCUAGCUAGCUGUUUUGUAAGAUCAAGCAUGGUUGAUGACUGACAGCAUCUGUUGUUGAUCAGGGGCCUAGCAUUGUAGACACACAGCCUCUAGGCCAUUCUGACAACUAUGCAAUGAAUGGCUUGUUGGUGAUUUCCCUGAAACUUGACCUUUCUGGGCUGAGUGGAGGUCUAGAAAGUAUAACAUUUCUGUCUCCCAUUGUCAUGGGGAAAAACACCUCAUCCAGCUGUGCCUCCUUUCCCCACAGCCACUCUCAGUCUAAGCUCUGAGUUACUGUCCUGUUUCCCUGGUUAAUUUGUGGAAUCCAUAUGUGAGGUUAGUGGUGUCCUGGGAACCAUUAAUUUCCUAUCAAAGGCUACAGAGCUGCGAUAGUCAUUGCUGAUGAGGGUUCAACUUUGGACAUGAGGAGAGAGUGGCAUUGUUAAACAGUCAAGAUGACUGUUCUUGUGGAACCAAGAGCUGAGUAGGCACUGUUUAUUUAGGGUUAUGAGUGUCAUCUUCGAACAUAGUGAAGAGCUUUGAACAUGGGAUAGAAAUUCAGACUGAAUAUCCACAUAGAAAAGAACUUUUGCAGAGGGCAGUUUUGUUAGAAUAUAUCAUACAUCCUUCAGUAUUUACCAUCAGACUUUGAACAAAUCAGAUGACCAGUUUAGAAGGAAAGGAAAUGAGUACAUGAGGUGUCCUUUACAUGGCCGACGCCAGUGUCUUUGGCUAUCCAAGAGAAAGGGGCAUUUUAACAUGAUCAAAGGUCUGGAAGUCUAUCCUAGGAAUUCUCUAAAUUCCUUGGGUAGAGCAGGCCAUCUUUUCAUCUGCAUUUCCAUCAUCUGUGGGUAUGUUGUCACUGCUGAUGUUUAGCAGCUGCUUUUAAGGAAUGUGGACUUGCAGGCUGUACCACUUUGCUGUAGGUUUGGGGGUUCAGCACGUACCUUCUGUGCACCAUCUUGGAUCUUCUGUGGUACAGGUUUUUGCGAUGGAUAACAUGCAUUUAGAGCACUAACUCUCCAGUCCUUUGGCUUCCCACAGCUAUGGGGUGGGGGCGGGAACCUCCAGGCUGCUAUUUCUACCAUUUGAAAGAGAGCCUGUGCCAGGCUCACCACUGCUUCUGCUCCUAAGCCACCUGCUCCUUGCCUCUCCAGAUGAGGGUCCGCUCUGUCAGCAGUUUCCCAUGACUGACCAUUUCUGAAACAGUGGAAGUGAUACUGGCCGUUGAGCACAUGAGGAAACUAAGGCCCAGGGUGCUGCCUUCCUCAGUAUCCACAGCCAGUAGUCCUCAGCCCUGCCCAGUGUCCAUUUUUCCUGCCUCUAUUUAUGCGAUUGCCAUUUUCCUUAGCUUGGUUGUCUGCCUAGUAGCAGCAGUCAACAAUUUGUCUAAGUCCUCUGCUGGCUCUUUCCCUUAGCGGGUAUCUACUUAAAGCUGGAGUGCUACUUAAGUCAUGGAGGUUUGCUGUGUGGUCAGCUGAGUGUUAAAUCAGCCUACAAAUGGUGCCACCUCUGGCAGGGACUCAAUUCACCAUUAAGAUGGCUGCCCUGAUUUUUCCACAAGACUUUGAUUUCAUGUUUGGAAGUCUGAGGAUGUUGGCUAUCAACGUAGCCACAGUGUUGGUUUGAUUUUUUUUUUCAUAGCAUUCUGGCAGUCAGACACAUGGCUCUCACAGUGUAAAACUUAGUCCUCUGUCAACUUUUAGAAUUACCCUGAGUCAUUUUGUGUCGGUUCAAAGUAGACUUGAGUUAAAACAACUCAGAGUGCAGCUGUGCCGUCCCAUUGGUGAGAACACUAAAUGUGGCAUCUUGUCAGUGAUUAGGUGGGUCCAGUGUCCCAGCUAUCAGAGGCUCCAUAAUCAACAGUGACAUUGCCAUGGCAUGGCCUUUAUUUUCCAAAUUCAAAUGGCUGUUUCUCACAGUGAUCUGACUCCCCAAGCACAAAUCUUGCCAAGAGGAAGAUGACCUUGGAAUAACCUGUAAGGGCACUGGGACCAGAAACCUGUGGAGAGGAGCAGAGUUCUACAUUUGAUUCGGUCACAUUUCUCACCAGCCCAUCUGUGGGUAUUCAGCCUCUCGUGGUAUCAAGAACCCUGAAGCGUGUCAGUUUGUAGCUGUUUCUACCAGGCUUUAACCCUGUUCCUCAUCCAUCACAGCAUUUAGGGACCUGUCACCAUGUGUUUCAUAAGGCUUCCCGAGGUAGGGAGCAGAGAACAGAGGUGUGCAAGAGUGCUGUCAUCUCUUGUUCAAGUAUUGAGGGAUCCGUGUCACAACUCACGGCUGUAGUUAGUCGGUGGUUCGUGUCGAUAGUCCCUUACCCUUCAUCAGGAUGGUAAGGAGACACAUCAUUACAGUCUUACUUGAUACAGGUACUCUAUGUGGCAUCAGGUCACAGCCACUGGUGGCAAUAGAAUUGUUGGUUGUUUUUUCCAUUCAGUCCUAUAAUGAUUCUUGAAGUAGCAGGUGUUUACACAAAAAUCUAAACAAUAACUUGAUUUUGGGAAUCUGCAGGUGUGUGAUUGCUACAUAUUUGUGCCUCGUUCUACAAUUCUUGAGAAAGUGGAUGGAGCACCAUGGGAAGAUGUGAACUCUGUCCAGAACUCAAACACACAUCGUCCUUGUUUGAGAUCUGUGUUUUUCGGUACAAGGGAUCAGACAUUCAAUAUGUGCUCUAGACUAAUCCUAACGCCCACUGACUACCUCCUUAGUUUACAUAUAGACCAGUUAUCUCUUUUGG